AUGAGUCAAACCCUCAUCCAAUUCAAAGUUACCGGUGAUGUUCAGGGCGUAAACUUCCGUUCAUACACCCAGAAAGAAGCCCAAAAGCUCGGUCUGAAAGGGCAUGUAUACAAUCACGAUGAUUCCAGUGUACAGGGUGUAGCUGUCGGACCAGCAGAUAAGAUCAAGCAAUUUCAAUCGUUCCUCUCUCAAGGUCCUUCAGCAGCUGAGGUUCAUAAUGUGGAAUUGAUCCAGAACAAACAGAAUGCAAGUGAAGAGGAGAUAAAGACAGCUUUGGGCGGUUCAAGUGGAUUCGAAGUUAGGCGAUAA